AUGCAUCUCGCCGGGGACCCACCAUACGCAGUCGAGCCACCCCGCGCCGGCCACCGGCCCGCAACCGACUCCACUCGCCGGCCCAAAGCGCCGCCUAUACUGCGCCGCCCUCUGCCUCGAUCUCCGCCGCCGCAGCCCCGAUCCGGUCCGGGGGAGACCAUCUCCGCCGCCAACCUGCCACUGGAGCCUCGCCGCCCUCGCCCCUUGCGCCGGUGGAGGCAGCCGCCGGCCCUGCUACGCUCGGGCUCGAGCAGCGGGUGGGGCGCGGACGAUCUACCUGAUCUUGUAAGAGUUGUAUCGAUUGGCCGCAAAGUGGAAGAUCUGCUUGCAAACCCUCAAAGCAAAGAAUGGUUAUCCAUAUCAACUGAGCUGUGUGGAGGUACACACAUUUCAAACACUAGGGAUGCUGCAGCAUUUGCUCUCAUAUCCAAAGAGGGUAUCGCAAAAGGUGUUCGAAGGAUAACGGUUGUUACUGCUGAGUGUGCCUCACAGGCUAUGAAGUUGGCAUCAUCUAUCGAUAGUGAUAUCAAUGAAGCAUCUAAACUGGACGGGGCGACAUUGGAAAAGAAAAUUGGGUCCAUCAAGAAUACACUGGAUGCAGCUGCUAUCCCAGCUGCAAGAAAAGCUGAUCUAAAAGGCAAUGUCUCAAAGCUGGAGGAGCGACUUAGGGAGGCAAAGAAGAAAAUGGGCAAAGAAAAUAUCCAAAAGGUUGUCAAGACUGCCAUAGAUGCCGCAGAAGUUGUUGUUUCUGAAGGAAAACCCUUCUAUGUUACUCAUGCCGAUGUGGGUCUUGAUACCACUGCUGUCCGCGAAGCAGUUGUCAAAGCCAUGGAUCGGUUCAAGAUGCAAGUAGCUGUUCUUCGGAGCUGCUGGGCAACCAUUCAUAUGGAGGAAAUUGUUUCUGCUGAGGCGACACCAGCUAUGGACAUUAUGUAUGAAACAAAUAGCUCUUUCACUGGCUAUGUUAGGAUGGACUAUGGGCUGGAAGGAAGCCGCAGAGUCCAGUCGAGUCGGAAGUCUGAACGACUUGUCCAGUAA